AUGCGUGUCUUGGAGUUACUCCCUUCGAGUACUAUUCUUGAGCGCAAAUUCAUUGCACACUUCACAGCGAGAGAGAAGUUUAACGAUCAGCCUAUGCCUAACAGUACAACUCUUCACAUCACAUCGACAAAAAAUCACGGCAAUCUGAUGAGUUCAUUAUCAGGAAGAGUUGCUAUCGACGCUGGAGAUCCUUCAGAUAUUAAGCCACCAAUGACAGACAAAUGUGAUGGAAGAGUAUGCAUCUGCCGUGAAGCUACUUGUUCACAAAUGUGCCAAAGUGGGCCCAAAGAUGAUGCGAUUCUGAGCAACGCCGAUGUGUCAGAUAAAGACGUUUUUGCAGCAGUAGCUCACAUUAGUAUUACUUCACUUCUGGAAGUUUGA